AUGGACGUGCAAAAUCCUAUUACCCCGGAUCAAGCCGUGCGAACCUCCGUAAAACGAACCAUCGAUCUCUUCGGCUCAGACUAUCUACUAUCCGCUCCUUCGACCUCCGCUGAUGGUGAUUCUAUCGGUGUAUCAUACCGUCGAAAAGUAGAGUAUAACGACGUCCAAACUCUCCCUCCAUCCCUAGCGGAAAAACAAGCAAAGGCGACAGCUGCUGGUCGAAUAAAGCGUCCAAAGACGCGGACAGAAGGGGGCGCGGCGUCUUCGACCGCCCUCGUCAAAAGUUCACCCUCAACCGGUGGGCAGAACAAUGCGCCGACAAGUCUAGUUAGAAGACCAGCGGUGUCACAGCAACCAAAACCGGAAUGGCAUGCGCCGUGGAAAUUGAUGCGCGUUAUUUCUGGCCAUCUGGGAUGGGUUCGAAGCUUAGCUGUGGAGCCGAAUAAUGAAUGGUUUGCUAGCGGAGCUGGCGACAGAACGAUCAAAAUAUGGGAUUUGGCGACAGGGUCUCUUCGCCUUACUUUGACCGGACAUAUUUCUACCGUUCGUGGACUCGCCGUGUCCCCGCGCCAUCCUUACCUUUUUUCCUGCGGCGAAGAUAAGAUGGUGAAAUGUUGGGAUUUGGAAACAAACAAGGUCAUUCGGCAUUAUCACGGUCAUCUUAGUGGAGUGUACACUCUAUCUCUACACCCUACUUUAGAUGUCCUUGUGACUGGAGGCCGAGAUGGCGUUGCGAGGGUAUGGGAUAUGCGAUCCCGAAGCAACAUCCACGUACUUUCCGGCCACAAGGGCACGGUAACGGAUGUGAAAUGUCAAGAGGCGGACCCGCAAGUCAUAUCUUCGUCGCUAGACGCUACUGUUCGAUUAUGGGAUCUCGCUGCGGGUAAAGCCAUGGGUGUCUUGACUCAUCAUAAGAAAGGUGUCCGAGCACUCGCUAUCCACCCGAAAGAGUUCACGUUUGCGAGUGCUAGUGCAGGGAGCAUCAAGCAAUGGAAAUGUCCCGAGGGCGCGUUUAUGCAAAAUUUCGAAGGACACAAUGCUAUAAUCAAUACGUUGUCCGUGAACGAGGAUAAUGUUUUAUUCUCCGGUGGCGAUAAUGGGUCGAUUUCGUUUUGGGAUUGGAAGUCGGGUCAUCGUUUCCAGACGUUGGAGACUACAGCCCAGCCAGGUUCGUUGGAGGCCGAAGCUGGACUUAUGACUUCUACCUUUGACCGUACGGGUAUGCGAUUGAUAUGCGGCGAGGCGGACAAGACAAUCAAGGUUUGGAAGCCAGAUGACGAAGCUACCCCUGAAACGCACCCACUGGAUUGGAAGCCUACCCUUGGAAGGCAAAGAUAUUGA